AUGGUCGGCACUAGCACGAGUCCAAACAACAAGAGCAUGUUUGCUCGACGACGCUCGCGCUCGGAAGGAUCCGCAAAAGCUGCUAUGGAGCUUGAAACGUCGCCGAUACAGUCUUCGGUCGUCUCACAAACACGCUGCUCGAUGACGGAGCUCUACGUGCGAACUUCCGACGGUGUCGUGUUCAAGGACGAGGAGUUCCAACGUGAGGUCGUUGCAAAGGCAGAGCGUCUCAUGGAGACCGCAAGGAGUCCCGAAAGUACAGAGUGCAACGCGCUCAUUGCCAAGAAGGCGCUCAAGUAUCGCGAAAUGCGCUCACGGCGACCUAAUGAGUUCGAACGUCGAAUUGCCUCGUCCCCCGUGACGGCAUGUAUCAAACGCAGGAUGGCAGCAAAGUAG